AUGUCCCAACAAUGUACUAUAGAGACCCGUCAACCAAGAUCUCUAGUGACAUAUGCCAACACUGAACAUGCUCCUCCUCCUUUACGCUCUAACGUCGAAAAGCUCUUUCACUCGCUACCUCUCCCCUUGCAUUUACUGCGAGUCCCACUCUACGCCUCGAUAAAUACUGGUAUAGCACUCUUAUCGCACAUCACGGAUGGCCCAGUCAAGGGUGGUUGGAAUUGGAGCACUACUGUUAUUCAUGCUCUCAUGGCUAGUAUUACAGAGCAGCAUCCCCCUCAAGGAAGACAUUCGCUAUCGCUCGUGAGCAGAGCUACAGACUUUACAUAUCCAGCAUUCCUAUUCGCUGGGACUACUUCAAUAGUACAAUCCCAGUUGACGAUAACCAAUUCCGAAAUAUUGAGAGAACAAGUACUGCACGUAGCAGCUACAAUCGACACCCAUAUCAAGAGACCGACCACCGCACCACCGAAAUCAUUGGACGUGCCAGUUACCACUCGAUACGUAUCUGGCGAAUGGGUUCGAUCAUCGGAGGUGCCAAAGAACUCUACCAAGAUAGUCCUGUACCUGCAUGGUGGCGCCCAUAUAUUUCUCUCGCCUCGCUCGCAUCGUGGUAUAACGUCACGGGUAUCAAGAGAGCUUACGAGGCCCGUCUUUGCGUUGGAUUAUCGGCUAGCUCUUGAAGCUCCGUUUCCUGGUGCUAUUGAAGAUGCAUUGGCAGCAUAUUGUGCUCUGAUCGGUUGGAAUGGACAUUUGUUUGGAGCUUCGUUGACAGGAAUUGAUCAGCCAUAUACGCCCAAAGAUAUUGUGCUUGUUGGUGAUUCAAGUGGUGGAUCACUUUGUAUGCAGCUGAUGCUCGUACUUCGAGAAUUGGGGAUUCCGCAGGCUGGAGGUGCCAUUCUGCUAAGUCCAUUCGUGGACGCAGAAUGCACAUCAGAUUCAUACAACCGAAACCGUCACAGCGACAUCCUCAACCUGGACCACGAUGGAAUGAAAUGGGCUAUGAGAAUAUACUCUGGCAAAUUCUCACCAUGUCAUUCCCUCGUCUCACCUGUAAACGCACCGCUCCACGACCUCCCUCCGAUACUGAUACAGGCUGGAGACUCGGAAUUGGUUACGGAUGAUGCCGUGUUGCUGUAUAAGAGGUUGAGUGAUGUGGGGAGUGCUAAACUUGAAUUGUAUCAAGACCAAUUCCAUGUCUUCCAAGCAUUCUCGCAUCUGAUACCUGUUGCGGAUAUCGCGUAUGCACGAUGUGCAAAAUUUGUGGAUAGCUUGGCUUCUAUAGAGGCUACUGUCAACACAUUUGUGGAGAUUACGCCUGCUGGAAAGGCGAUUUGUAAAGUAGACAUGACGACGGAGGAUGACUGUGAAAGCGAUUCGGAUAAGUCGUCGAGGGAUUCGGGGUUUGUUGAAUAA